AUGAUAUUAAAAAUAAUAUAAACGAAUUAUUAGAUGCAAAAUUGCAAACAUAUUAUCACAACUAUUAGAAUGAGUAAAUUCUAUAUCCUCUUUUCAAUACUUUAAGUUAUCUUAUCAAUAAUACUUUUGAUCUAUAUUAUGACAGAUCCGAUCCGAAAUUUGCAUCAAUCAAUUGUUGUACAAGCAGAAGUGAUACUAACCUUGGCUAUCCUCGUCGAUAUCUCCUUACGUAUAAUAGCAGAAAGGAAGCAAUUUUUUAAAGACAAAUGGAAUCUCAUAGAUUUGGGUUCUUUUAUUCUUAUUUUAAUAUUACUUCUCUUUUUCUACAUGAUCACCAAUGAGUUUGCUGCUAUUAUUGAUGAUGUAAUUGGAUUAGUUGUUAUGGUUUUGCGAUACAUAGUCUAAAUUGUCAGACUAGCUCUUUUAAUUAAAUAAUCACAUAAGGUUAAACAACUCUAAUAAAUAGAUGAUAUCAAGUUUGAAUAAGUUGACAAGUAAAAUGAAGAUAGCAUAGAAAAACAAUAACCUGAUACAAAUUUAUGAUUAUUAUAUAAUAUGUUUUGAAUAAAAAGAAUUUCACAUUUUCAA